UCAGGAACACUAUGGUAACACACUAUUUAUCAACUGAUCUCUACAUAUGUCAGUGUAUGUAAAUAUUUUGUUAUGGUGGAAAUGAGUACACCUAAUUAUAAUGCAGGUUUCGAUGAUGAUAAUGAAGAUAUGGACGACUUUCUGUUUCUUAAUCACCCCAAGCAAGGUUCUUCUGGAUAUAUGUUGGGGAAUGAAAGGAACAGUGAAGAUAAUGUUUUACGUUUACGACAACAGGAGUUACUAGAGGAGCAGAGAAAAAUUCAAGAGAGGACUUUACAGAGUACGCAAUCUUCGUUGGGCCUUAUUCAUGAAAACGAGCAGAUUGGGAUAGCCACAGCUGAAGAACUUGAUAGACAAGGAACACAGCUGCAUAAUGUUGAAAAAAAAGUAGACGAUAUCAACAGAGUAAUGAGAGUCAGUCAUCAGCAUAUCACUUCUAUGAAGAGUUUCUUUGGAAGCAUCAAGAACUACUUUCGCGGUUCUACUGAAACGCAAGUGGCACUUGAUGAACCAGAAGACAAGAAGCCCACUGUCUUGAUGUCAACAGUUGGCAAGAUCAGGGAGGACCACGCUGCUUCCAGCUCAUCAUCACAUCCUGGGUUAAGGAUGCGAGGAUUAGAAGCUUCGGGAUUUAGUGAAUCAGUUGAUGAUACCAAAUUCACAGGCACAACUUCGGUCAUUCAAAAAUCAGCUGAUACAGCUUACAGUACAAGGUCCCAAAUGUAUGAAGAAAAUUUUAACAGGAAUUUGA